ACAGUUCCUGGCCUAGCAACACUAGCUGUAAACGAUAUUAUUGCUAAUUGGAAAAUUGAACAGAAACUUGGCGAAGGCGGUUUCGGUGCCGUGUAUAAGGUUUCCGAUGUCACUUCAUCUACACAUACUUCCUAUGCUCUCAAAACGGAACGAAUCACUUCACCGACAAAGAAAGCUCGUGCUACUCACUGUUGCGAUAUUCUCGAUUCUGGUCGAGCACUCGGCUUUAACUUUAUCAUCAUGACACUUGUCGGAGCGUCGUUAAUGGAGCUUCGAAAGGCUAACAAAGUAAAACUCAAUGCGUUCACGAUGGGAUGCGCCUUGUCAGUCGGACUCCAAACGUUAGAGUCCAUACAGGAGCUGCAUAACGUCGGCUUUCUUCACCGGGAUUAUUUAAAACCAGCAAAUUUUGCCAUAUGCCUUGAUGACGUGCGCAAAAUCUAUCUUCUGGAUUUUGGAAUGUGCCGACGAUACAUCGACAAUGAAAACGCUGUUCGGCGACCGCGAUGGGCAUCCGGAUUCCGAGGAACGCAAAGAUACGCGGCGAUAAGCUGUCACAUAUCACGAGAAAUGGCCAGAAAAGACGAUCUGGAAAGUUGGCUCUAUCAGCAAAUAGAACUUACAUCUGGCGAGUUGCCGUGGAAAUCGCUCGAGGACACUGUUGCGAUUUGUAAUGCCAAAGAAAAAGGGCGCACAACCGGUACGUCAAAGAAAGAGCUG